GUAGAGUGAAAUCCCCGAUGAUGGUUCCUCACGUGGCACGUAACAGACACAAAGGUAGCAGCAACACAACACCGCCUCACCUUUCCUAACCUGCACCGUGGUGUCGGAGCCACAGAAGGAAUCAGCUGGGAUGCAUUUGGAAUUUUGCUUCUUGCUUCUUCUUUCGGCUUCAUCCCAGACUGGAGGUCAAAGUGUGGCUUUGCCUCCCGCCGCCACCCCGUCUGCCUGGCUGCCUCCUGCUGGCACCUCGGGGGGUUUUGACCUGAUAAAAGGUCUUGUGGAUGACGUCCUACAUCAAAGACACGAUGGUGGAGAUGAUACCACAACCGUAGCAAACACUGAGAAGACUCUUUUGAAGACGAUUGUUCCCGUGAUAACAAGAUCUACAGAAAUUACAUCUCAACAUGCAGCAGACUCUGUUUUCACAACAGCACAGCCUGGAACACAAGCAGCUGCUCCACACAGCAUUUCACCCACAAACACAGCAGAGGGCAGAGCGGCCGUGACCAAACAUCCUGUCAGUACCUUUUCAUCCCAGAAUGCAAACACCUCCACCCAGCCUCAGUCAGUGACGUCAUGGAGAAGAACAACCACAGCAGGACCCCUGACCUCCCGUGCAGGCCGAGACCCUGCUGGGCCACAGCACCUGGAGGUGCCACCUGAACUUAAUGUAGGUGAUGAAGAGCUCAAAAGAGUUCAGUGGAGUUCCCACGCUUCUCUGGACCCCCUCCUCGCUGGUCUGCUCUCAGUCUUCAUCGUCACCACUGCAGUCGUCUUCAUCGUCCUCUUUAUGCGCUUCCGCCAGCGGACGAACCACCCGGAGUUCCAUCGCCUCCAGGAUCUUCCCAUGGAUGAUUUGAUGGAAGACACCCCCCUCUCCAGAUACGCUUACUGAGGUGCGGCCGUUCUCACAAUAACAAAUCCUAAAAGGUGGAACGGUGUGGAUCUGUGCAGAGUCUUCGUCAAAUGAGUUCCUGAAAGUCAGUGAUGGAAGUGUGAACAGAACCGGUUACAGACUGUAGGGGCGUUAUUAUUUCUUUUUCUUCACAUUCUAUUUACAUUUCCAUUGCAUUAUUUACAAAAAGAUAAAGAAAAAAAGGCACACAGCACUUUAAUGUGACGUUAAUUGUCGUAAUAUAGCCACCCAGGGCCGUUGCUAGGAAUUCUGGGCCCCCUGAAAGAGUACUGGUGUGGGUGUCAAACUGGUUUUCAUUGGGGGCCCACAUCGCAGUUAAGGCUGCCCUCAGAGGGCCGCUUGUAACAGUGAAUAAUAUAUACAGUACAUUUUAAAUUGCUUCAUUACACAAUUAUUCAUUGUUAUAUAUUUUUACGUACACUGUAAGAAAAAGAUGUCGAUUUUAGAGUAAAGUUUAGCUGCCGAAAUUUUACCAUAAAAUGUACCGUGUUUUUUUUACAAUGUACACUGUAAAUGUAAAUGGGGAAACAGUACCACUGUUUUACUGUAAAACCUAUGGUCGUUGUUUUUACAGUGUAUUACUGUCAAUGAAAAAAAAAACAAUAUUACACGUUUUUUGGUUAUGUGUUUUUACGGAAAAAUUCUACCAGUUUUUUUUUUUACCGAAAAAUAAGUUUUACAUUGUACAAUUUGAUGGAUAAGUUGCUUCAAAAUCAUGAGUCAAGCAGAUAUUUAAGCACUUAUUUUGAUGUUUGGAAUGUGUGAUAAUAUAAUAUGUGUUGCAAUAUUAGAUUUGGUUUAAAAUAUGAAAUUGCAUACAGUCAAAAUAAAAAGUUGACUACAUUUAGAAACAAAUAGACGCAUGGUAAUUCCAGGCCUUUGCGGGCCACAUAAAAUGAGGUAUGAGUUUGACACAUGUGCUCUACCCCAUUCACUGGCCCCUUCAAUGUUCUUGUUUUUUUAGUGUUCUUGACGGUGCCUGGUGUAAUACACCCAAUAAGUUUUCUUUUUAUGAUUAACCACUUAAAGGCCUACUGAAAUGAUUUUUUAAAAUUUAAACAGGGAUAGCAGAUCCAUUCUAUGUGUCAUACUUGAUUAUUUCGCGAUAUUGCUAUAUUUUUGCUGAAAGGAUUUAGUAGAGAAAAUCGACGAUAAAGUUCGCAACUUUUGGUCGCUGAUUAAAAAAAAGCCUUGCCUGUACCGGAAGUAGCGUGACGUCACAGGUUGAAGGGCUCCUCACAUUUCCCCAUUGUUUACACCAGCAGCGAGAGCGAUUCGGACCGAGAAAGUGACGAUUACCCCAUUAAUUUGAGCCAGGAUGAAAGAUUCGUGGAUGAGGAACGUGAGAGUGCAGGACUACAGUGCAGUGCAGGACGCAUCUUUUUUUCGCUCUGACCGUAAUUUAGGUACAAACUGGCUCAUUGGAUUCCACACUUUCUCCUUUUUCUAUUUUGGAUAACGGAUUUGUAUUUCAAACCACCUCGGAUACUAUAUCCUCUUGAAAAUGAGAGUUGAGAACGUGAAAUGGACAUUCACAGUGACUUUUAUCUCC